AUGCACACCGCCGACGGGCCCUGGGAUUCCACCGGAGAGGAUCAGCGGCUAGCUGAGGAGUUGUUCGGCGACCUCCCCGACUUGGACGCGGUGCUUGGGCCCGUUGCGGACAGCCUCGGUUCGCAGGCCCACGACGACAGCCUGGUGACCAUCGGUUUGGCGAAGGUCGAGCAGGGGAAGGACGGGGAGGGCGCGAACGGCGAGGACGUCCAGGACGGCCUGUUAGAGGGCCCAGGUGCGUCAAGGGAUGGGAAGGAGACUGGCCCGACCUUAGAGCAGCCAACUCGCCGCCGGGCCACGCCCCUGACCAAGGUUAUCUACAAUCAGCUGGCCUUGGCCGACGCGAUGCCCCCCCCCCAGUCUCUGAUGAGGGCGACGUGGCUCGGCCAGUCGACGGAGAUGAAGCCCCAAGAGUGCAUCGAGGAGUCGAGUGAGAUCGACAUUCGCGGGCUUCCUCUGCAGGACAUGUCGCUGAGCGGCCGCUUCCCCGCUGGGCGGGAGUUUGUCUCCGUCGCUCGAAUGCGCAACACGGUGAACGCCUACGUGGACCGCAUGGCCACAGAUGGGUGGUUCCAAGAUUACAAGUUGGGCACGACGCAGGUAUUGGAGAGAAGGUUGAAGAAUCACCGCGAAGCGAUCGUCGGCAAGGUGGCGUGCUCUGUGCAAGUUGCGCAUAAGCAGUUGCAUGCGAGGAUCAACGCUUCCAUUUCUCUUUGCAAGUGCCUCAAGCAUUGGCUAGGCACCCAGGACGACGCGAACCUCGUCAACACCUUGGACCACAUCGGAAUCCAGGUGGCGUACUUGGCCUCUAAGGGACUCCCCUUGGCAGAGGACCUGACUGUCAUCUUUGGGUACAGCGUCUUCCAGGCUUAUAUCAAGAAGCACAACAAGGUCUCGACCGCGAUCGAACACUUGAGCAUGGUCAUCUUCGACUUGAUGCGCCAACGCCCCGAGGAGGCAGCGCAAGAUCAGGGGCCAGAACAUCCCGCCAAGAUCGAAGUCAAAGAGAAGUGCGACGAGCCCGCCGAUAAGAAGGCGAGGAAGGCGACGAAGCGAAGGAUACCGUGGUCGAGCUCUCAACCAAGGUGCAGAUUUGGUGUCAGUGCCAAGUGCCGCAUGGCCUGCAUGGUCGCGGAGGCGAUGCGGUCUUACCUCUACAGCCUCCCCGAUGCGUGCCUGGAACUCAAGAAGACGACCGACGAGUUCGUGACCGAGAUCAGCGCCGCCGUGCAUGCGUGGGCUUGUGCGAUGGAGCCACUCACUGGUGACAACGACGACGACGAAAGCAUUGUCUUCACUCGAGUGCUCGGGGCCAUCGGCAGCAUCGUGAAGUGCUGCAGCGCCGCAGAGAGUGAGCGGCUCACGUCGGUGACGGUACGAGAUGCCAGGAAUACAGUCCUGGAGCAGACGAGGCAGUCAGGCCAAACGCCUGCAGCAGAGCUCGCGCGAACCAUGAUCGCGCGCAAGGCCCCGAAGGACGCCGUGGAGGUGUCCCGCUUGCACGUCGCACGAAAUGUGGAGGGCGAGGCCGCGUCGAAGUCUUUCGCCAGCGCCGUGGCCGCUUUCGAGUCUGACUUUCAAGAUGCCUUCGGUGACCUGGAGAACUGGGUUGCGUCUAAAGCUACGGGGGCUUUCACCUCCAUCAAUGACCAAGUCGCCCUCAUGGGCAAGCUGCUCGCUGGGGCUAUGCUCUCCUUGCACAAGUGGUCGGCAUCCGCCUUGGCCGACGACGAGAAGUUGCUGACUGACACGACGCAGAACUCCGAAUCCAUCAUCGACGCGCGCUUGUACGCAGUGAUCUGCACUUUCGGCGUGGCGACCCCGGUCCAGUGCGACGGCCUCGGCCAACGCAUCAAGGCCCUGACGAAGUCGCGGCUCGCGGUGCCUACGGAGGAGAGCACCUCGCAGGAGGGUGCAAGCGUGGCGCUUGCAACGGCCGCGGCGGAGGCCCGCUCGGGAUCCUUCAGUGUCUCGGCGAUCUUGGGCGAGUUCCGCGACGGCAUGAUCGGCUUCGGAGCUACGCUGGGAGAUAUGUGGAAGCGCCUGCGCACGUGCGAGGUGGCCUUGAAUGAGAGGAGCUGCCCAGAUGCGACCAGUGAGCGGUUCCAGAGCGAGCAGAAGAGCAACAUGUCCUUCCAGGCCCGCUUGGACUCCACCAUCAAGGGGCUCACUGACAUGGUCGAUUACGUCAACUCCGCGGCGACUCUGGCGCUGAUUUUCUUUGAGCAGCACGUCGACAGGAACGUGUCCGAGAGGGUCAUCAGCAUGGCCAAGCACGUGCACAUGAUGAAGCACGACCCCGUCGUCUUCGAGGUUACGAGCGCCGCCACGAACGAUGAGCUGGUCGCGAAGGUCUGGGGCGACUUCCAGCGGUUCAUGGAUGAUGUAGGCGUGAUUGGGAGCGCCGCCGUGCGACGCGCGCCGUUGACAAUCUCAUUUAGGUGA